UGAAUUUAUUAAUGUAAUUGUUCCAGCAGUUUUUUCACUAUUUGUGGGAUUGAAAGCUAGAACGUUUGUGAGUUCAAAUUACAAGUGCUUGGUAUGAUGUAGAUGUGUUCCUUGCCCACAGAUUUCUUUUGGGUGAAAUUAGAUACUAGUAUUGGAAUGAUCAAAGAAGAGCUCAUUGACUGUCUUGGAACUAUUGCUCAGAAUGGUACUUCAAAGUUCUUAAAGGCUCUGAAGGAAUAUAUGGAUCUUGGAGCAGACAAUGGUUUGAUUGGUCAAUUUGGUGUGGGGUUCUAUUCUGCCUUUCUUGUUGCUGAGAAGGUUGUCGUAUCUACAAAGAGCCCUAGAUCAGAUAAGCAAUAUGUUUGGGAAUCUGUUGGUAACAGUAGCUCGUAUAUGAUUGAGGAAGAAACUGACCCUGAAAAGUUCCUAUGUCGUGGAACACAGAUCACACUCUAUUUAAGGGGACAUGACAAGUAUGAAUUCUUAGACCUAGCAAGAAUUCAGGGUUUGGUAAAGAAUUACUCUCAAUUUGUUUCCUUCCCCAUUUAUACAUGGCAAGAAAAAUCAAGGACUAUUGAGUCAAGUUUCUUGUAG